AUGGACACUGUCGGUACGGACGCAGCAGCCGCGAGCAUUAAUGAGCGUCGCUUUGCCCAGUCCACUUCACCAAAAGUUAGUGUGAAGUCACAGGACUCGCUGUUUCUGAUCACUUACUCCAACAUGCAGCAGACAGUGGUACAAGCGUCUUUGGCGGACCGGUACCCUUCGCUAAAGAAGCUUAACAUCCUACUUUACAUAGAUAUCCCUACGAUCGACUACUACAACGAUGAGAUGACUCAUAACAAGCUUUCCAGACUGAAUAAACGGUUUAAGCUGCAUCGGCUUAGAAAUUCGAUCGCGCAAAGUUUUUCCAACACAUCUACUGCGGAAGAUAACGAUAAGUUUUGGGAGGAGUUGAAAAGUCUGAUCAGCUCUCGCAGCACACCGGAAAACAAGUUUGAUCUGAAUGUACUGGUGUCGUCUUCGGGGUCUUUACGUUACGUGGAGACCAUAAGAUUUUUGGUUGAAAAAUUGUUUAAUUCUUUCAAAGACUUGUAUGUUCAAAAGAAACUAAACCUAUGUUUCCAGAUCAACGUUUCUCCCACCUCUCUCAAGUGGUUUUCUACUUUCCUGAACGCAGAACUGCUUAAUUUAAAAAUCAUUAAUUGGCAGAAUAUUGGUUCUUUCACUAAGACAAUCCAGAACUCCAAGUCACUCCCGUUCAAAGAGUACUACACCAAGUUGAACGAGAAAUUCACCGGCUCAAACCAGAGCAAUGGUAGCAUGCAAGACCAGACUGUCUUGGAUUCCAUAGUUAUUGUCACGAAUAGCACGGGGGUAAAAGCACUGCUGACUUUGUUGUCAGACCACCCUCUCACCAGCCUUAUCUCCCAGGAAUCAAUAAAAGCGCUACAUGAAUAUUCAGAUGCUGUUAACGAAGAUAAGGGCGACGACCAGAGCAACACAAGUUUGAAAAGAAACUCUUCGUCGUUGUUGAAUUUUCAAAACUCGGUUUUAACCUCCAAUAAAGACAAGUCCGUCAGAAUUAGGUCGUUGUCUAUCAACAGAAAAUCCAACAGGGCACAUAUGUUCAAAACGAACGAAUCCAUCACAACUAUCCCAUCAACGUCAAUCAACAAUCUUAUUGGUCAGGAAUCCAACCUACGCAAGCAGCCUUCGGGAACUGCACUGCAUUUACAAUCGCAUCUGCAUCCACAUUCCCGUUCACAAUCCUAUUCUAGUUCUAAUAUGUCCAGAUCGCCUUCUCCCUUCCCCUACGGAAAGACACCAUCAAACGACGAACUAGUAUAUGACGAGUUAAACAACCAAAUCAACGAAGUGCAAGACCGUGCUAAGAAUGAGGAAAUUGUCCUGUACAACAAUAAUAAUUAUGACGAUUAUACAAAAGAACGAGGGGAACAAGAGCAGGAUAGAACCUCAUACGCAGAUGAAUAUGGCUUUAAUUACGAUGAUGAAGAAGGUGGAAAUGAAGACAACUAUGAUGAUGAUGAAGACGAUGAUGACGAUGAUGACGAUGACGAUGAGAGUGACGAUGAAGGUUUGAGCUUUUACGCUCCAAGCAUUUUGUCCCGCUCUGGUUCGAGCACAGACGUGUUAUCCUCCGGAAUAGAUUCUAUGGCAAAAAAUUCGAAGGAAACAAGGGGUAGGUUUAGGUCCUUGAGUUUAAUGGACCCUGCUCUGCAAAAGCCGUUCAACCAGAAAUUUCCAAACAGCCAACAACCCGAUUCUGCAGGGGCUUCAUCACCUAAAAGAUCGACCUCUUCAAACCAUUUUACUAACGUCUACGUGCACGAUGGUGAUUUUGACGGGACAGACACUAUCAACAACAAAAAGAAUCUAUCGUCUGCAACGCUUAUUAAAAGGAAAUCUUUGAUGAACAGAAACUUGGCUCCUUCUAUUAGUAAUGGAUUGAUACCUCCGGAAUUUAUUUCCCGAAUAUCUACGCCCUCUACAAGCGCAAGUAGUUCAAACUCCUCGUUGAAUGACAUGUCUACAGUAUCAAACGCAUUUUCCAAAUUAUUAAAUGACACAAGUAAGAAGCAAAAAUUCUUGAAUUCACCAAUUCCACAACAUACACAACAGGCAUCUCCAUUACUAAUGAGAAAUAAUUCAAACAGUAACUUGCUAUUUGAGAAGAAUUUGAUCAACAAGUCAUUUGAAGAACUGAGAAGACAACCAUCAGUUAACCUUUUUAGCACCUUGAUGAAUGGUAACAUGGAAAAGAAUGGUUUGGCACUAAACUUCAAGUCCAGAACGCCUACAGAUGCGUUGAUGGCGAAUAGCAUUAAAAAUAGUAACAAUUCCAGUCAUAGGUUACUAAAUCUCGAGGAAGAAGACCAAAUCAUGUCUGGAUCUCUCCCCAAAGAACGCGAGGACGAUAACGAUUCGACUAAUAGCACAAUAGUACCGAAUCACCCAGACAAUGAUAACUAUAAUGAUAAUGAUAACGACAAUAAUACUGGUAUAAAUUCCAAUAAUUUCAAUCUAAAUCUCUAUGAUGACAAUGAUAGUGCAGGCUUUACAGAUGUAACAACUGAAGGAGUGAAAUACUCAAACUCGAAUUCUACAGUCACCAAACCCGUUUAUAAAAAAGCCGUCACCCUGGAUUUAUACGGCGAAGAUGAUAUGGAUAACAUGGGAGGAUGGGUAUUAGGAGGUAAUGCCCGGUAA